AUGAGCAACGUGUCUCCAUUCCUCAUUAAAACAGCUAUCGAUAACAUAACACCAAAUGUACAAAUUAGCCGAAUUAGAGACGGUUCCUUACUGCUCAAAACAAUUGAUCAAAAUCAAGCCGUGAAGUUGAUGAAGCAGUCUACUCUAGCAGGUGAAAUUGGUAUUAAAAUUUGCGAACACCCAACCCUGAAUCAAUCACGAGGUACAAUCCAUUGUCCCGAUUUGAUAUCGUUGAAAGACGAAGGAAUACUUGAAGGGCUUAAAGAAUCACAUGUCGUUGCUGUUAGAAGAAUGACGAGAAUCACCAAAGAAAAGAAGUCAGAAGAUACAGGCACAUUUAUUCUGACCUUCAAUCUAUCUCAAAUUCCACUAACAAUGGAUGUAGGGUUCUACAAUUGUCGCGUACGGCAAUAUGUUCCAGCUCCGUUACGAUGCACAAAUUGCCUAAAGUUUGGACCCAAAGCAGACCAAUGCCGAGGAAACAAAGUUUGCGCCGAUUGCGCACAACUGUACCACGAUAAUGGUCCAUGUAGCUCAAAGCAAGUCUGCGUAAACUGCCGCAAUGAGCACAAUUCAUGGUCUAAAAAGUGCCCAAUCUACGAGGACGAGUUUGAAAUACAGCGAAUUCGAGUGACCGAAAAGCUACCCAUGCGUGAGGCGAGGAAAAAGAGACGAUCCCAGGUUCCUGCUCCCAUUUUUGCAACAACAACACCAAACCGAUCUUUUGCUGGAGUGCUGAGAGAAAGUUUACCAACACACAAUGAGCAACGUAGAGAACAUCAAGACAGACAUCCCGCGCAACCCACCGAUAAACAACUAAACGAGAAACACGAGGUAGGACGACAACUGCCCACAAGACCCAUCGAGAAUGUAAGUAAUAUACUAAGAGAACAAAAGGAUAACACCCUAAACACCACAGAAAAAGAGAAACCAUCUUCCCAUCAUGCAAGUAAAGAGAACCACCCAACACAGACCGCAGGUAUAAGCAUUAAUUUUCAAAACAACAUGAACGAUACAUUCGAAAAAACCAUGGAUAAUAUCAUGAACGAAAAAUUAUUCUGA